AUGGUUGAGUCUUCCGAUGAUGUGGGAUCAGAAUUCAUUGCCCAAGUGAUGCGUCAAUUAAGUGAGAUUGAUGGCCUUCUUCAGGAUGAGAUGACGUCCAGCGAUGAUGAUACGGCGCUUCUGAGCGAUCUAGAAGACGAUACGAAUAUUUCUGCCCGAUUAGCUCGCAGUAAUCACGAGUUGCGGGUGCUUUCCGAGGAGUUCCUCCAAGACCACCUGGACCACGCGGAUCCCAUUUGCGGUGUCUACCACGACCUUUCGCGCUCCGAGGCGCAGCUGGUGGACUUUGAGACCGCCAUUGUGGCCUUCCAACGGGAGCUGGAGCGAACCUCGGGGGACAUGCGGGCGGUGCAAGAGCGGAUAGGCCAAAUCGCCCUCCGCGUCGCGCAUCGCCGCGGCGUGAGUGCGAAGAUCCACGACGUCUGUAACGCGUUACAGGCCUGUGACACCUUCUGUGAGGCUAUCGUGCACAGGGAAGUCGACCAGGAGUACCUGAGGAAUUUGCGGGAGCUUGAGCAGUCGUUGGCGUUUCUCUCGUGUAAGGAGCUCCAGGCGUCCAGACUGGACAACGAAAUUCGGCCCAAACUGGUAGCCGCGGCCCUGAAAGCGGGCAAUAAACUCCAACGCUUUCUCACGAAGCAAAUCCUGGCUCUUGUGGGUGAUCCAGACAACUUGGAAAGUAACCAGCAGGUUCUUGAGCAAAAUGGCCACUUAGCCUAUCGCUUUUUGAGCCUUUACAACGCACCCGUCGCGGAGGAAAUCGUAAAGCUUUACGUUAAUAACAUGUCCAGUAUGUAUCGAAAGCAGCUUGAGGCCCUCUUGCGCGGUUUCGCCGAAGCCUCGGAGCUCCGCGGGUGUCCUUUAGAUCCGAUUGUCUUGUCAGCGGAGAUUACGGCGAUCCUGUCAAACCACGAUGCGGGGUCUCCCGCGGGAAAUCAGGUAGAGGUGCCGUCGCAGAAUGGCUUUCCCGCGCGGGUUUUGACGCCGAAGGAGCGAAGGGCCUCGCGACACCUCCUGAACCUCACGAAUAUAUUCACCAAAUCCGACACCUUCCAUGGCUUUCGCGAGGCGACUUUUCAGGAUACCGUCGCUGUGGUGCGGUCGCUGGAGGUACGGCAUGGACGACUGCAAAACGUACAGGGCAGCGCCGAGCAGCUCGAUCAGUGCGAUUGUUGGGUUUGGCAGCUUGUAAAGUUUCUUGCGGCCUUGGCGAAUAUCUGCAUGACGGAGUGUCGGUUUAUCGAUAGCUUUUUUUCCUUCCCGAGCGAAUCUGACGGGGAGGAACACCUCCACACCACAGAGCGCCUCGCGCACGCCGUGCUGGAUUCCACCAUUCGAGCCGUGGAGUUUUCCAUUAAGGAAUAUUCUCAUUUAGUUCUCGACCGCACCGAUGUGUUAGCGGCGCUGCGAUGUGUUGAUAUUGUAAAGCAGUAUCUGUGCACCAUGCAGGAUCCUAUCCCAUUGUUGAUGCUAAGCGGCAUGUUGGAGAUGUCGAAGUCGAUCUUCAAGGGUAAUCUACGCAUUGCUCUUCACAACGAUCGGGUAGCGCUUGGGUACUUGUCUUCGAUGAAGCUGUCAGGUUUUCAUCAGGUUCUCACACUAAGUGCGAAAAUGCUGAGCAAACUUUUGUACGAACCCGACUACGCCGUGACACUUGGUCCACAUCCUACUUUGAUGCGUGUUGGAGAGCUCCUAGGGGAACUGGAGCUGCUAAAUACAGCCCCUUUCUUUCGCUUUUAUUUUGUGAAGGAGGACGAAUCUUGUAGGACUUACGAUACGCAUGUUAGCGCUUUUAUCGCUACUUCUUUGAUCAACGUACUUGAUUUCGUCGAGCAAUUGGCGAAACGGCACCCCAGUGCGUUAUCCCAGAGCUUUUUUUCUUGCUGCAAUAUUUUAUGCAUUUAUAACACCUGGCGGAAGCUCAUCUCAGAGUUUGAACAAAAAGAUUUGGAGAGCACACGCUUCAAUGCGUGUGAUUCUCUGACCUGGAGGUCGACCUAUACUACUCAUUUCGUCUCUUCAUGUAGUAAUUCAGAUACAUUAGUGAUAAGUGAUGUGGCACCACCUUACUUUUCGGAUUCUAAGAAUGCUAAGUUCCUGGAAGGUCGAUUUGAAAAGGCACUGGAGAUGCUCGUGGCGGCUUACAUAGAAAAUCAGAACAACUUUGACUACUACUUCAAAUUCAACAAAAAUAUGGAGAUGGAGCUCGGCGAAGACUUUUUCUCUGUAGAAAAUCAACAAAACAUCGCGUCGGAGGAGUUUCUGGAAAAGAACCCCUGCUCUAAGUUGACUGCAGCUAAAACCUUUGAAAUAGCAACGACAUUUAAUUGUCAGUGGCAUGAUCAAUUUUAUAAGGUGGUGGCGGAUAUCACGCAAGCAGCACAAGCUAUCUUUAAAGGCGUUUCGUCCUCCACACAUUCCAGACCAGCCUCGCAAUAUCUUUGCAGUGAAUUUGUGUACACCAUAAUGCGUGUAUAUUGCAAUGCUUUAGUACGUGCCAAUGAUCGACUUUCAAUUUUUGUGACCAAAAUCUACGCUAAAAAGUCUAAUAUCCAGUCAAAGCUCAUUAGCAGUUCUGUUCUCAUAGGGGAAAUGCAAAAAAUUAUCCGACGUGAUAUGGAAUAA